AUGGCUACCGACGAAGACCUUCUUCUCGAUGUUGCGUUAGGCGAGGACACCGAGGAAACUUCAACGGUCAUCGACGAAGACGCUCUUCUUGGUUUAAAUGAAGUAAGUCGCAAUCCAACUGUAGAUUGCGAAGAGACAAAUAAUCAGUUAGAAUCAGCUCCUUUGAAAGAGCAAAAGACUGAGGAACCCGACGACGAUGAUGAUGAUAACCAUGUCGACAAGGAGGAGCUCGACUAUGACGAGGAGGAGGAGGACGAAGAAGAGAAACGCGAGCGAACGAGCCGAUACGCAUCGGAGCGUCGCAAGGACAACGGCGAUUCGAAUACUGAAAAUGGAAAUGAGAACGAGGAGAAGCCGAAGCGUCGUACUGAUAUUCCGUCUCUUCUUGAUAAGGAAGUACCAAAACCACCUCAUUUGAACCAUCGUCAACCACCACCACCGAAUCAACCAAUCGUCGUCAAGCUCAAAAUCGAUGGAGGGCCGCCACAAGAGUUCCGGCCAUCUAGUUCAUUCAUGUAUAAUCCGAUGCCGAUUGUUCCUCGACUUCCUAAUGGAAUCCCGUUAGUUCAACUUCCACCGAACCACGGUUGUGCCGGAUUCGGGAAUAAUUAUUCGUGUCAACAACCAAGAAUGGUUGGAGGAGGCGGCGCUUCCGAAGAUUGGGAUCAAGCUGUCUCAAUGUUCUUGAGCAAUACAGCGGGAUACAAAAGAUCGAGACAUCGAAGCUCGUCGUAUUCGAGCGAUUACAGCGAAGGCAGUGAUUACAGCUCGCGUUCAAGAUCUAGAUCCAGAUCAAGAAGUCGAUCGCCAAAAAGACGCAGCCAUAAAAGAAGGAGAGAUCGUAGAAGAAGUGCUGAUCGUCGUCGUCAUCAUCAUGAAGAUCGACGCAGAAAGGAGCAGCAAAGAAACUCCACGAUUGAAAGCGCAAAAGCUCUUGGUCUCGACAAUUCCUAUCUCGAUAAAGUAAAUGAGCAGAAGCGUAAAAGAGAGGAAAUUAUUCGAAAGAAAGAGGAACGAAGAUAUGGAUCAGAAAAGUCUUCGAAAUCGGUAAAUUUUAAAUCGAGCCAAAGUUAUUCGACUCAACCGUCGUCUUCUUCAACAUCCGAUCGCGAACGCAAACUGAAGGCGUAUCUUGCAGUGAAUGUAAACAAUUUGAAACAACUUCCGACUGCUGUUAAAAAGAUUGAAUCAAUCGCGGAAGCUCUUGGGCCGAUUAAGAAAUGCUGGAGGUCGUCUGAUGAUGUCGUUUCGAUUAUUUUCAAUGCGCACGAUAAGGCAAAAGAAUUCAUGUUGAAAUAUAAUAAUCAAGUUAUAUCUGGCCUUCGCGUGGGAGUCUCGCUCGAGAAGAAAUAUCUCAAUUUAAGCGAAUUAUCUUAA